AUGAAGGCGCCUCUGCUUCCGCUCCCCGAUGAGCUAAUCAUAACGACACUCGCCCAAAUCUUUCCCAGCCGAGAGACACAGAUUCGGUCCCUGGCAACACUCGUCUGGCCGGGCGCUGCACCAUGCAAUAAUCUUGUCAUCUAUGGCACAGAGGCCACUGGAAAGAGCGCCAUCACGGCCGUGCUGCUGUCCCGGCUCGAGAACCAGCCUGAAAAUGGCGGGCCUAGCCUGAAGCAUGCCGUGGUAAACUCAAUUGAGUGCAUUACGGCCCGGCAUCUCUAUGAGACCGUGGUUGGCAAGGUCGCCGCUGCUCUCGAAUGGAGUGCUGCGCCGCCACGAUGCGAGUCGGUAUCGCAACUAACGGUCGAGCUCUCAAAGAUGCUCAAGUACACGCCGCGGCCAGACGACUUCCGCUUUGUGCUCGUCUUUGAUGCUAUCGACCGCCAGCGAGACGCUCCUCAUACGCUCCUCCCGGCCCUCGCCAGGCUAUCCGAAAUCAUUCCCUCCUUAACAACCGUCUUCAUUGUGACCUCUCCGCCAGCCAACUUCCUUCGGACCUCUUUCGUACCCCACCUGCACUUCCCAGCCUAUACCAAGUCCGAAUUCAUCUCCAUCCUCUCCGCCUCUCCACCCGCCACUCCCCUCCCCAACACCACUCCCGAAGAAACCGCCGAGCUCUGGUCCCGCUUCGUCUCGGCCGUACACGACGCCCUGGCACGGGCCGCCUCGCGCACGCUCCCAUCACUCCAGCAUGCCUGCACCGCCCUGUGGCCGCGCUUUACAGCGCCCAUCCAGGCAGGCACGCACACGGCUCGCGAGUUUUCCAAGCUGCUCGUAGCUGCGCGCAUGCACUUCCAAGACGAAAGCCUCCUCAACCCCGGUGUACUAGUUACGCCCACAACCACUACCACUUCUACCGCCGCCAGCAGCACCUUCACCAAACCGGCACAUCCCCACCAGAACCAGCAGCCCAACGGGCCCGCAACAGGAACCGGACCGGGACCGAUACCAGCAGCAAAGAAACCACCCCACACCCACCCGCAUCCAGACCUAGCCAGCCUCCUCCCACCCACAGCCCGCCUGUUGUUACUCGCAAGCUACCUAGCAUCACACAACGCGGCGCGGCACGACCUGGCGCUCUUUUCCACACACUACCACGGCCGUAGACGGCGGCGCGGCGGCGGCGGCGGCGGCGGUGGCGGUGGCGGUGGCGGCGGUAGCAGACACAAGCAUCGCAAGAUAGCGCGCAAGCUGCUGGGCGCCCACGUGUUUGUGCUGGAGCGCAUGCUCGCCAUCUUCGCGGCCGUUAGGGGCGAGUGGGAGGACAGGGCCCAAGGUCAAGGCCAGAGUCAGAAUAGAAGGUAUGGUGGGGCUUGGGGUGGUCGCGGAGAUGGGAGCGAGGAGGAGGAGGAGACCGAUGAAGCGCCCGAUGCGGACAUUGGUAUGGCUAUCGCUACGCUGGCGAGUCUGAGGCUUCUUGUUCGGGUGGGUGGAGGUGGGGAGUUGAUGGACCGCGGGGGGAAAUGGAGGGUUAAUGUUGGGUGGGAGGUGGUUAGGGGGUUGGGAAGGAGUAUGGGUGUUGAGGUGGAGGACUGGUUGAUCGAGUGA